UUACCAAUUAUCAACAUUUCCCAAUUCUGCAGUUGAAGGGAAAGAAUUUACUUUUAAAUGCUCGUAUGGAAACAGUUUGGUAGAAUUCCGAAUAAAUGAAAAACCAGUUUGUAUCAUUAAAGGAUUCAAUCCUGAUUACACUUGUAACCUAGCUGGAAGUUACGACAUAAGAUUUACAUACACCUGUGAUUCAUCUUCGUAUAACCUAACCAUACCAGGAAUACUUCUGACAGAAAACUUACAUGGCACCCAAUGGGAAUGUUUAAAUGUAUUUGAUUCUUCUCAAACGUCAGGCAAGAAGGAAUUAAAUAUAACUGUUCCAAUCACUAUGGUAACAAUUUCAAGUGCACAAGUAGAUGAAAAUCCAGUGAAGGUUAUAAAAGGAAACUCUAAAGAGUUUACAUGUAGAACUGAUUCCGGUCGACCUCCUGCUACAAUACAAUGGUAUCUUUCAAAUGUGAACAUUACAUAUUCUGCUACAAAUCAAUCUAACGAAUGUGCUAGAGACUGUUCUGACGAAAAAACAAUAUCAUCGAGUCAAUUCAUAUACAAAGGGAAUACAGAUGAUCUCGGUAAAACUAUAUACUGCACGGCUUUAAAUAUAGAGGGAUAUAGAGUAAGGUCCAAGAACAAAACAAUCGAUAUAUUAUACUCGCCUACAACACCAGCAAUUACCAAGACUCCAACAGGUCCUGUAAAUGAAAAUACAACGAUAACUCUUACAUGUAUAAUAAAGGGAGGUAAUCCACUAGCAAACAUUACAUGGUAUUGUAAUGGAUCAACACAAGUCGAUUCAACUGGAACUCUAAUGAGUUCUAAUGCAUCUAUUUCUUAUAUUCAGUUAAUAGCGAAAAAAUCGUAUAAUGGAUUUGUCUGCAGCUGCACUGGUUCACAUCCUGCAUGGACGCAACCAAAUUCCACAAUUCUUGUAUUACACAUAAGAUAUGCUCCAGCAAUGCCAACAAUCACGCAAAUACCAAUUGGACCAGUUAUUGAAGGAAACAUGCUGAUAUUGACUUGUGAAAUAUCGGGAGGAUAUCCCUUAGCUACUAUUACUUGGAUAUGUGACGGUUUUACGCAAAUUACAACAAGUCAUAGUCCUCUACAUGAUAAAGUUGUUUCCCGCAUUGAACUUAAUGUAACUAGAAACAGUGAUUUUAAAGAAUGCAUAUGCAGAGGACAACAUCCUCUCUGGACAGAAAACAAGGAGGAAAGACAUACCCUUAUUGUUUACUUCUCUCCGGACGAAUCCCCAUCAAUAACUCAAACACCUGUGGGUUCUGUUGAUGAGGGUUCCCAGGUAUAUCUAACAUGCGAAGUACAAGGAGGCAAACCUUUAGCAAAACUUGAAUGGCAGUGUGAUGGAUCCUCACCAAUCACUUCUACUGUAAGCCCAUCUACAGAUAUAACCAUUUCCAGUGUAGAAAUAACAGUAACUAAGUACCAAAAUGGUGAAAUGUGUACAUGCUCUGGUGUUCAUCCCACAUGGAACCAGAACAAAUCAACCAGUAUACAACUUGACGUCAAUUAUCCCCCGGAAUUAUUCCCACCAAUUACACAAACAGCCAGUGGACCAAUUAUUGAAGAUAACAAGGUUAUUCUAACAUGUGAAAUCAUUGGAGGUAAUCCUUUAGCUACUUUAUCCUGGCAAUGCAAUGGGUUCACACUGCUUGCAUCAAUUGGCAACCUGCCAACAAAUAAAUUAGUUUCUAGCAUAGAGAAAAACGUUACCAAAGCAGAUAAUGAUAAAAUAUGUACAUGUACAGGACAGCAUCGGCUCUGGACGCCUAACCAAAAGAUAAGGAUUCACACUUUAAAUAUUUACCGUAAGUACUUUGAACAUAGAUAUGACAACAUGCAAUGCAUGGCCUAUAUGUAG